AUGAAUGUUGGCUUUCGACCGCGUCUGAAAGCUCGACCGUCACUCUACGAUCUCGUUCGCAAUCACAAAAUCAGUCCAUCCUCCCGUAGCCACUCGAACAGCCUCUCCCAAGAGCUGCCCCCAGAGCUGCCUGCGCUGCCCCCGUCGCCUUUCGCAUCUCCACCUUCAACACCUUCUACAGAAGUCUUCAACAACAUCGAAUCACCCCUACAGCCACCUGUACCUAUCAAGAUGGCACCAAAGAAGAGGGAAGUUGUCAAGGACGAGGAUGGAGAGGAUCAAUAUGGCUCUAUUUACUCCGUCUCAGGACCUGUCGUGGUGGCUGAGAACAUGAUUGGUGUUGCCAUGUACGAGUUGGUACGAGUCGGACAUGAUAACCUUGUGGGAGAGGUUAUUAGAAUCGAGGCAGAUAGGGCUACGAUUCAGGUUUAUGAGGAAACCGCUGGUGUUACAGUUGGAGAUCCUGUCCUCCGAACUGGAAAGCCAUUAUCUGUCGAAUUAGGUCCUGGUCUGAUGGAAACGAUUUAUGACGGUAUUCAACGUCCUCUUAAAGCUAUCGCCGAGUCAUCGAACAGUAUCUAUAUCCCACGUGGAAUCGCAGCUCCCGCGCUGAACAGGGAGAAGGACUGGGAUUUCAAGCCAUUGAUGAAGGUUGGAGAUCACAUAACGGGCGGAGAUAUCUGGGGUACGGUCUAUGAAAACUCUUUGCUAGACGACCACAAAAUCUUGCUUCCUCCAAGAGCCAAGGGAACAAUCACCCGGAUUGCAGAGAAGGGAAGCUACAAAGUGGACCAAAAGAUUCUGGAAGUUGAGUUUGAUGGAAAGAAGACCGAGUACAGCAUGAUGCACACAUGGCCCGUUCGUGUACCUCGGCCAACAACCGAGAAGCUCGCUGCCGACCAGCCAUUCAUUGUUGGACAGAGAGUGCUCGAUGCUCUCUUCCCUAGUGUACAGGGUGGAACGGUGGCUAUUCCAGGAGCAUUCGGUUGUGGAAAGACUGUCAUCAGUCAGUCUGUGUCCAAGUUCUCCAACAGUGAUAUCAUUGUCUAUGUUGGAUGCGGUGAACGAGGAAACGAGAUGGCUGAAGUCUUGAUGGAUUUCCCAGAACUCUCCAUUGAAGUUGACGGCCGAAAGGAGCCCAUCAUGAAGCGUACCACUCUCAUCGCUAACACAUCGAACAUGCCUGUCGCCGCUCGUGAGGCUUCAAUCUACACCGGUAUUACUGUGGCAGAAUAUUUUCGCGAUCAAGGAAAAGACGUUGCCAUGAUGGCUGAUUCAACUUCUCGUUGGGCUGAGGCUCUUCGUGAAAUUUCUGGUCGUUUGGGUGAAAUGCCUGCAGAUCAAGGUUUCCCAGCUUACUUGGGUGCCAAGCUUGCUAGUUUCUACGAACGUGCUGGAAAGGUUUCAGCUCUUGGUAGUCCAGAUCGUGAGGGUAGUGUCAGUAUCGUUGGUGCCGUCAGUCCGCCAGGUGGUGAUUUCUCGGAUCCAGUUACUUCUAGUACUUUGGGUAUCGUGCAGGUCUUUUGGGGUCUUGACAAGAAGCUUGCCCAGCGGAAACAUUUCCCUUCCAUCAACGUAUCGCUCAGUUACAGCAAGUAUACAAACACUUUGGACAAGUUCUAUGAGAAGGAUCAUCCCGAGUUCCCUCGCCUCCGAGAGCGUAUCAAGCAGUUGCUUUCUGAUUCCGAUGAAUUGGACCAGGUGGUGCAGCUGGUUGGAAAGUCAGCUCUCUCCGACCCUGAUAAGAUCACUUUGGAUGUCGCUGGUUUGAUCAAGGAAGAUUUCCUCCAACAAAACGGUUACAGUGACUAUGAUCAAUUCUGUCCUCUCUGGAAAACUCAGUAUAUGAUGAAGGCCAUGAUGGGUUUCCACGACGAGUCCCAAAAGGCUAUUGCACAAGGCGCCUCAUGGAACAAGGUUCGUGAGGCAACUAGCGAUCUUCAAUCGCAAUUACGAAGCAUGAAGUUUGAGGUUCCUAGCGAGGGAGAGGAAGCAAUCUCAAAGAAGUAUGAGGAUCUUCUACAAGCUAUGACCGACAAAUUUGCCUCUGUUACCGACGAGUAA